AUGGAUUCAAAUAUUAAAAAUAUAGAUCUUGCAAGUAAAUAUCAGGUUGGAAAGUCAACAAUAACAGAUAUUCUGAAGAAAAAAGAAUGUUGGUUAGCUAUUACAAUUGAAGAGGAAGGUAAGAUAAAAAAAUUUCGCAGGCCAAAGUGGCCAAAGAUUGAGGAAGCUCUUGGACUUUGGGUAGAUAAUGUGCUUAAUAGUGGUCAAGAUAUUGAUGGUCAUAUUCUUAAGAACAAAGCAAAGUUUUUUGCAGACCAUUUUCUUAUUGAUGAUUUUCACUAUUCUGAUGGUUGGCUUACUGAACUUAUUGAACUUGAUCAAGACAGCGACAUGGAUGAUGAAUCAAAACUCACAGAACUAAUUGGCUGCUUAUUAACAGAUGAUUCUCUUACUGCAUAUGAAUAUAUCUUUGCUAAGAAUGAUGAAGUUAAGGGCAGGCUUACCAAUGAAAAAAUUUUGGAGAUUGUUGAAAGCGAAAAUAAGGAGGAAAGUAAGGAAGAGAAAGAAGAAUUUAUUGAACAAGAAAAAGUUAGCUACACGGAAGCAAAACUUUGUGUAAACAAAAUACUAAGGUUUUUAUAUGAACAAGGUCCAAAGUUUGGUGAUGUCGACAAAGAAUAA